AUCUGGGUGCAAAACUAGCCUGUUCCAGUGAAAAGUCAACUUUGCAGAUUUCCAAUUGGCAUCGGCCAGCAUGAGAAGAGGAGGUUUACACUGGAGUUGUUAUACAGCUCUGAAACUAGCCAGGAUGAGAUCAUGGUCAAAUCCUUCCUCAAGACUUCACUUUCGUGCUGAUGCCAAAAGAUGCUGGGAAAAUGCAAAAUUGGCUGUCCCAAGAAAUCCAGGACUGUUUUAAUUUCAUUUCAUCAAAGAUGUUUGGGUGACUUGCAAUCUAUUUAAAGCACACGGAGGAAUGGGAUGAAGCAGAUGUCAAUGGACUGUAUUCGGAGAUUGAGGAGAUGUGGAUGAGGAUUUCACGUUGGAAACCUGGGACUGAGUGCAAGAGAAAGUCUGAUUUAACACUGAGAGGUUCUGGAACACACUUAGGAGAGCGAGCAGUUGAAUCAGGCUACCUUUUUAAAAAUAGAUGGAGUGACGAUGGGGAGCAAAAGAAUUGCCAGCAGAAGAAGGGAAGUCUCUGUGGCAGCUUGUGCUGGAGCAGUUUGAAGAGCUACUGGUGCGGAUCCUCUUGCUGGCAGCCUGUGUCUCAUUUGUCCUGGCUUGGUUUGAGGAAGCAGAAACCAUCACUGCCUUUGUGGAACCCUUCGUGAUCCUUCUGAUCCUGAUUGUGAAUGCUCUGGUUGGUGUGUGGCAGGAAAGGAACGCAGAGAAUGCAAUCGAAGCACUGAAGGAGUAUGAACCAGAGAUGGGCAAGGUUCACCGAAUGGACAGGAAAGCUGUGCAGAGAAUCAAAGCCCGGGAUAUAGUACCUGGAGACAUUGUGGAAAUUGCAGUUGGUGAUAAAGUUCCUGCUGACAUUCGGAUUAUCAGCAUCAAGUCGACGACCCUCCGAGUUGAUCAGUCCAUCCUCACAGGGGAAUCAGUCUCUGUUAUCAAGCACAGCGACCCUGUACCAGACCCUCGAGCUGUGAACCAGGACAAGAAGAACAUGUUGUUUUCGGGGACCAACAUUGCGUCUGGGAAAGCAACUGGUAUUGUCGUGGCUACAGGAGUCCACACAGAGAUUGGCAAGAUUCGAAACCAGAUGGCAUCCACGAUAAAUGAGAAGACUCCUCUCCAGCAGAAACUGGAUGAGUUUGGGCAGCAGCUGUCAAAGGUGAUAUCCCUCAUUUGUGUCGCUGUCUGGGUGAUCAACAUCGGGCACUUCAAUGACCCCGUCCACGGUGGCUCGUGGAUCCGUGGUGCCAUCUACUACUUCAAAAUAGCAGUGGCAUUGGCUGUGGCCGCCAUUCCUGAGGGGCUGCCUGCUGUCAUUACCACCUGCCUGGCCCUAGGCACACGACGCAUGGCGAAGAAGAAUGCCAUUGUAAGGAGCCUUCCAUCAGUGGAGACACUAGGUUGCACGUCAAUCAUCUGCUCUGACAAGACUGGAACACUCACCACCAAUCAGAUGUCUGUCUGUAAGAUGUUCGUCAUUGAUACUGUGGUUGGAGAUAACUGCAACUUCAGCGAGUUCAGCAUCACUGGAUCCACCUAUGCUCCAGAGGGACAAGUAUUAAUGAGAGACAAGCCCAUCCAACCCAGUCAAUACAGUGGGCUUGUGGAACUUGCUACUAUCUGUGCACUGUGUAAUGACUCCUCAUUGGACUAUAAUGAGGCAAAAGGAGUCUAUGAGAAGGUUGGCGAAGCCACAGAAACUGCUCUCACAUGUUUGGUGGAAAAGAUGAACGUUUUUGACACUGACCUCCACGGUAUCAGCAAAGUAGAAAGAGCGACGUUUUGUAACAAUACCAUCAAGCAACUCAUGAAGAAGGAAGUGACCCUUGAAUUCUCCCGUGAUCGCAAAUCCAUGUCCGUUUAUUGCUCUCCGACCAAACCCACAGCGAAUUCAGGAAGCAAAAUGUUUGUGAAGGGAGCUCCAGAGGGAAUCAUUGAACGUUGCAACUACAUCCGUUUUGGCACCAUGAGGGUGGCCCUGAGCCCUCGUUUGAAGGAAAAGAUCAUGAGUGUUAUCAAGGAAUGGGGAACAGGACGGGACACCCUCCGCUGCCUUGCACUAGCCACCCGCGAUAACCCACCGCAGAAGGAGGACAUGGACUUGGAAGACCCUUCAAAAUUCGUCAAGUAUGAGACUGACCUAACAUUUGUUGGCUGUGUAGGGAUGUUGGACCCACCGAGAAAGGAAGUUGUUGAUUCCAUACAGAUGUGUGAGAAGGCUGGUAUCCGUGUCAUCAUGAUCACCGGUGACAACAAAGGCACUGCCGUUGCCAUUUGCCGUCGGAUUGGAAUCUUCGGUGAGAAUGAAGACGUGACUGAGAAAGCGUACACUGGCCGGGAGUUUGACGAUCUGACACCAGAGCAGCAGCGGGAGGCCUGCCGCUCCACGCGUUGCUUUGCUCGUGUUGAGCCUGCACACAAGUCCAAGAUUAUCGAGUACCUUCAGUCCUUCGACGAGAUCACAGCUAUGACUGGCGAUGGUGUUAAUGAUGCUCCUGCUCUAAAGAAGGCAGAAAUUGGGAUCGCAAUGGGCUCGGGCACUGCUGUGGCUAAGACAGCUGCGGAAAUGGUGUUGUCUGAUGACAAUUUUGCCACCAUAGUCUCCGCGGUUGAAGAAGGCCGAGCCAUCUACAACAACAUGAAGCAGUUUAUCCGCUACCUAAUCUCCUCCAAUGUGGGUGAAGUUGUCUGCAUUUUCCUCACUGCUAUUCUGGGCUUGCCCGAGGCCUUGAUUCCUGUCCAGUUGCUCUGGGUUAACUUGGUAACAGAUGGCCUGCCUGCCACAGCACUGGGCUUCAAUCCUCCCGACCUGGAGAUCAUGAACAAACCACCUCGUAAUCCCAAAGAGUCCCUCAUUAGUGGGUGGCUAUUCUUCCGCUACAUUGCUAUUGGAGUUUAUGUCGGCUUGGCAACAGUUGGAGCAGCCACCUGGUGGUUCAUGUAUGAUGAAGAUGGUCCACAGGUCACCUUCAAUCAACUGCGGCAUUUCAUGCAAUGUACACCAGACCACCCACUUUACCAAGACAUCGAGUGUAAAAUCUUUGAGUCUCGCUACCCUACAACAAUGGCAUUGUCUGUCCUGGUGACCAUUGAAAUGUGCAACGCACUAAACAGCCUGUCUGAAAACCAGUCACUGUUGAGAAUGCCUCCAUGGGUGAAUAUCUGGUUGCUGGGGGCCAUCUGCAUCUCCAUGUCACUGCAUUUCCUGAUUCUGUAUGUGGAGCCGUUGCCUCUGAUUUUCCAGGUGACUGCUCUGAACUGGCCUCAGUGGGUCGUGGUCCUGAAGAUUUCACUGCCCGUCAUCCUGCUGGACGAAUCACUCAAAUACAUGUCCCGCAACUACAUUGAGGGUAAAGACCCUGUUGUAGUUUGUCAGACCAAUAGUGGGCUUCCAGCAUGCUUUGGGGACAUUUCUUGGCUCUUCGUCCUAGUCUCCGCCCCUCUCAUUUGCUGGCUUUACUGUCUGCUCUAACCUCCAAGGACUGCUGCAGUGCUGACCAGAAGGAACUGGUUUCUUGAUGCCAGCUUGCUUUUUUCUCUCGUGGGACUUGGUUAUAUUCUAUGUCUGUCCUAAGAGGAUGCCUUGGGUCCUAUUGAAUGCGCUUAUGUCUGUGGGACUGUGCGGCCAGGAGGAGAGGGCAUUCAUGGCAAUUUCCAAACCCUGGAUUAGCUGCAGGGCUUAUUUGAGUGCUACUUCACUAUUGUGUCCAUUCAUUCAUAGAUAUACUGAAUAGUUCAUUGCAAUUAGUCAAUGCAAUCCUCUUCCGUCCCAAAUCUGACUCAACAAGUCCAAAAGUUAGCCAAUUGGAGAGAAAUGACUCUGGUGAUGCUUCGGGAACUGAAAGAGAAGGCCUAAGAGGUUUGGAAUAAGUGGUAAAUUGGUUGACUUGUCACUAGCUAUUGUGUUAAUCUAACCCAGCAAGCCGACAACUCCUGAAUCGGAUGUGGAGCUUGGUUCCUGAAGGAACAGUGCCCAGCUGACUAACUCAUCACUGGCAGCGUGGCAAAUUUCAUUGCCAUGAGCCAGCCAGUGCAAAUUAAGGGAUGGAUAUUUUUUGGGUUCAAAAUCAUUAACAAUCUUUUGUUUUUAGUUGGGAGGGAAAAAAGAAAAUUGCAAAAGAACAAUCAAUAGAACCAGCAAUAAAAAUGCAACCAAAUUCAUAAUCAUGAUACCCAUCUACUUUGUGGGUGAGCAACUCUUUGAAGAACAAUGUGUUAAACUGUCCCGGUCUAAGAACAUUAAUCAGUAAAAGGUCACUGGUGAAUAGCUUAAUCAUUUGGCCCUAAUUUUUUUGAGAUGAGUAAGUUCUCUUUAUGUUUGAACCACUGAUGGGAUAACCGCUGUGUGCAUAUUGCAUGAAGCCCCAGUGUGAGGACCAGGCUGGAGGUACAGCUGUCACUCCUGAGGUAUUGUGUCGGAGUGGCACUCACUCUGCUUCCCAAUGGGGUGAAAGCACCACAAGAAGUGAUAGCAGUUAUCUGUCCUUUACCUGAUUGCACCGUACAUGCCUCUCAAAAUCAAAUUGAUCUCCCGGACACAGCUCACAAAUUCUGCAGCAUCCUCGGCAAUAUUUAUAUGGGUGGGUGGGCAGUCCUAUUUGUUCCAUCACAUCACCCACCCCCGCCACCGCGAGUUUAGUCCCAGCCCUUCCAGCCUGGCUUCCUGUCAGCUGCCAGGAAGCACGUGAAUGAUUUUGCCUGGCAGCGUUACUCCCAUGAAUGGAUUGCCAGGAGCUGGCCUGCUGUGAGGUAUGGAGUAGACCUGCCUUGCCAGGUCUGCUGUCAAUGAUCAAGGAAUUCUGUUAAAGGGCUCAGCAUUCAACCCUGGCAUUUUGAUAUUUACAGCUACUCUGCUUUCUGGUGUAUUUUCUUUUUGCCUGUAAACUGUCAGCCCAGUGUCAGGUGAGGUCCAGCCUUUUGCAUGGGUCACAGGCAGGAUUCGAAGCCUCGGGGCUGGUGGAGCCCAGAGAAGGCAACACCAAAUGAAAGAGGGAAAACGAAAGCCUGGGAGGAGCUGUCCUGCACAUUGACCCAAAGUCCCACAUAUUCAACCUGACUCUGAUUCCAAGGUACAGCUUUCAGUCAGUAGAUUUGAGAGCAGCUGAUGUAAGGGGUCAAACCCUCUGCACGCACCUUGUGAACCCUAUUACGGUUUGUUUAGUUCUGAAUUCUCAUCUCCAAUGUUAGCCCUUUGUCUGUUUACAGCAGCUUCCUGUUUAAUUGCAGUCUUGUCAGUACCAUCAGGGGCCGGCACUUCCAGCGGAAGUUUCUAGAAUGUGAAUUUAGUGACAGCCCAUACUCAUGUUUCUCCACCUUCCCCCGCACCCCCCCCCCCCCCCCCACCCCACCCAUCUAUGGAAAGCCAGCUUGCAACCCUCGAGUAGCACAACUAUCUGAUACCAGUCAUCAUGGGAUGGACCAGAGAAUUUUGCCACCUUUGUGUAAAGAGACAAAGUUGUUGUUUAUGGCCUGUCAAGCUCAUUAGUUGUACCUGUCAGUGGUCAAAGAUCUGGAAAACAGCUUUACAGUAACUUAAAAAAAACCCUGUUAACAGACACCACAGUGUGCUCAUUCAGAUCAUCAAAUAGCCAGAGAACAAUUGCUGCCUCUUCAAAUGACAUUUUUCACAGUCCCAUGCUGAGGAGAGUCAUAGUGACUGUCCUGAAAGAGCUCAGUGGUUGAGGCAGGUGGGGAGAGAUUGUCUUGAGAAACCUCAGUACUGGCCUAAGCCAGAAAAGAAUAAAAGUAUCUGCAAUGAUAUCUGCCCAGUGCUCAUAACCCAGCCCAUGGAGACUUGAAGCUGCAGUAUUAGGUGUGACUGAUGUGGGAGUCAGUGAGACAAUGAAGGGAAUGCUAAAAUACCUUGUGAUGAAUGAAUGAUGGAAGUCCGUCAGAGGAUGUCUGGUUGGCAAUCGAGCCCUCCCUAUUUUCACAAUAGGGGAGAAGAUGAGUGUGUUUAGAGUGAAACCACGGUUACUCUUAUGUGGAAAUUAUGGACAGUUUUGGAAUCUUCUUUGGUGCCAGUGGCAUGAUACACAAUGGCCUCUGUGCUGGAGAUGUACUCAUUUUAAUUUUCUGACUGAUGACUGAUUAACAAAUAACUAUCUAACCUUGAUGUGAAUGAGUAGUGAAUUGUGAAACUGUACUAACUAAUAGGGCAGCUGUUGUUUAAUUCAGAAUCUUGCUUAAAAAUUGUGAAAAUGGAAAGUGGAAUAAACAAAAAUCCAGUUGAUGGAUUGAAGAUUUUGAA